AUGUGUGCGACUUGCGAAUCGGCCACAGCGCCCGCCAAUGGCACCAAUGGCACCAAUGGCAAUGCGAAUGGCUCCAGCAGCACCAACGACAGCAACGGCGACCGCAAUGGCUACACUGGCAUCAAGUCCUCGCACAACCCUCGCCUUUCCCACAAGAGCCCAUACGCGCCCGUAGGCGAUUUCCUCUCCAACGUCAGCCGCUUCAAGAUUAUUGAGAGCACACUACGUGAAGGCGAGCAGUUCGCCAAUGCCUACUUCGACCUCGAGGCCAAGAUCAAGAUUGCUCGCGCGCUCGACGACUUUGGCGUAGACUACAUUGAAUUGACUAGCCCUGCCGCAUCCGAGCAGUCGAGGCGGGACUGCGAGGCCAUCUGCAAGCUCGGCCUGAAAGCCAAGAUCCUCACCCACGUACGAUGCCAUCUUGAGGACGCCAAGAUCGCAGUCGAGACUGGAGUCGACGGCCUCGAUGUCGUUAUCGGCACAUCGAGCUACCUCCGCGAGCACAGCCAUGGCAAGGACAUGACAUACAUUAAGAACACCGCUCUCGAGGUCAUCGAGUUUGUCAAGAGCAAGGGCAAGGAGAUCAGAUUCAGCUCCGAGGACUCGUUCCGAUCAGACCUCGUAGACUUGCUCUCCAUCUACAGCGCUGUCGACAAGGUUGGUGUCAACCGUGUUGGUAUUGCUGAUACCGUUGGCUGCGCAUCUCCCCGUCAGGUCUACGACUUGGUGCGGACACUCCGCGGUGUCGUCUCCUGCGACAUCGAGACACAUUUCCACAAUGACUCUGGGUGCGCUAUUGCGAACGCUUUCUGUGCUCUGGAGGCUGGUGCCACUCACAUUGACACCUCAGUCCUUGGCAUUGGUGAGCGUAACGGUAUCACCCCUCUUGGUGGCCUGAUGGCUCGCAUGAUUGUUGCGGACCGCGAUUACGUCCUCAGCAAGUACAACAUCAAGAAGCUCAAGGACAUCGAGGAUCUCGUUGCCGACCUUGUUGAGGUGAACAUUCCCUUCAACAACUACAUCACUGGGUUCUGCGCCUUCACCCACAAGGCAGGUAUCCACGCCAAGGCUAUCCUCAACAACCCGUCGACGUAUGAGAUCAUCAACCCCCAGGAUUUCGGCAUGUCUCGAUAUGUACACUUCGCUAGCAGACUCACGGGCUGGAACGCUAUCAAGAGUCGUGCUGAGCAGCUCGAACUGAAGAUGACCGACGCGCAGUACAAGGAGUGCACUACCAAGAUCAAGGCUAUUGCCGAUAUCCGCAAGAUUGCACUCGACGACACAGACUCGAUCAUCCGCAGUUACUACCACAACCUGCACGCCAAGGAGGAGAUUCCCCUUCUUCCAGGCCUGACAGACGAGGAGAAGCAGAAGUUCAUUGAUGCUGAGAAGGAGCUCAGCGGCGAGAAGGAGAAGAGGCAAUUAGAUGUUGCCGCGGAUGCAGGAGCUGAAGUGCCAUCUUCCAAGAAGACUAAGACAGUCACAGUCUCAUGA